AUGAUGAGCUCCUCCUCUCAGCAGCAGCAGCAGCAGCGACGGUGAUGGUCGGAUCUCUCGGUCCCUCUCUUCAUCGGCCUCAUCGUCGUCGCCGAGAUCGCGUUCCUCGGCCGCCUCGACUUUGCCGUCGUCGAGAACUGGACCAACUCCUUCUAUUUCCCUUCCUCGAUCACGGAGGAAACAACGACGGCGACGACGACGACGAAUCCUUCGUCUUCGAUUUCUUCCUCGUUCGCUGAGACGAUUGAUGUUGGUGAUGAUGCCGAUGAGGGACGCAGAUGCGAGCAGUGGCUGGAGAGAAAGGAUGCGGUUCCGUAUUCUAGGGAUUUUAGAUCCCACCCGGUUCUAGUCUCCGGGGCUGACGAGGAUUGGAGUUCAUGCUCUGUGGGCUGUAGAUUUGCAUUUUCUGCUGACAAGAUAGCAGAUGCCACAUUUGGUCUACCACAAAAUCCAAAGACAUCUAGUGUCCUCCGCUCAAUGGAGUCAUCACAUUACUAUGCAGAAAAUAACAUUGAUUUGGCACGCCGGAGGGGGUACAAGAUCAUAAUGACGACUAGUCUCUCAUCAGAUGUUCCAGUCGGCUACUUUUCAUGGGCGGAAUAUGACAUUAUGGCACCAGUGGGUCCAAAGACGGCAGAUGCUUUUGCAGCUGCCUUUAUUUCUAAUUGUGGAGCACGCAAUUUUCGACUGCAGGCUCUUGAGAGGCUUGAAAAGUCGGAAAUUAAAAUAGACUCAUAUGGGAGUUGCCACCGGAACCGUGAUGGCAAUGUUGAUAAAGUAGAAACUUUAAAGCGUUACAAAUUUAGCUUGGCUUUUGAGAAUUCCAAUGAAGAGGAUUAUGUUACGGAGAAAUUCUUUCAAUCCCUUGUUGCAGGAACAAUCCCUGUUGUAGUUGGUGCUCCAAAUAUACAAGAUUUUGCUCCUUCACCUGGUUCAGUUCUACAUAUUAAAGAGCUUGCUGAUAUUGAUUCGGUUGCUAAGACCAUGAAAUACCUUGGAUCAAACCCUGACGCCUUUAACAAGUCAUUGAGUUGGAAGUAUGAUGGUCCUUCUGACUCCUUUAAGGCCCUAGUGGACAUGGCAGCAGUGCACUCAUCUUGCAGACUUUGCAUUCAUAUUGCAACAACUAUCCGAGAAAACGAAGAGAAGUCUGCCAAGUUUCAGAAUCGACCCUGCAAAUGUUCCAACAAUAAAGGAACUACAUAUCACUUGUAUGUCAGAGAAAGAGGUCGUUUCGAAAUGGAAUCCAUCUAUCUCAGAUCUUGGAAAUUGACACUGAAAGAAUUGGAAUCAGUGGUUCUCUCUAAGUUCAUGUCCCUCAACCAUGUUCCUAUUUGGAAGAAGGAGAGACCUGAAAGCAUAAGGGGAGGAGAUGAACUGAAAAUUUAUAGAAUAUAUCCAGUUGGCUUGACCCAGAGACAAGCAUUAUACAAAUUCAAGUUUGAAACUGAUGAGGAUCUUAGAAAACAUAUAGAAAGCAACCCAUGCCCUAAAUUCGAAGUUAUUUUUGUAUAACCACAGGGUGUUGAUGCUGCUCACACUUGCUGGCUGAGCCUUGGGGAAAUGAAUUCAUCGGAAUUUCUGUCAUUUCGUAUUUUGCUGAAAUCCCCAGGUAUUGUAAUUAUAUCUCCUUUAGAGAGCUCUAGAUCACUGGAUUUACUGCUUUUAAUCUUGCUGAAAGUUACAAAGGGGAGAUAUUGUAAAAUAUUUCUUGUACUCCCAGCAACAUUGCCAUUCAUCAAGGACCUGUCUUGAUUUAUUCUGUGAGGAAAAUCAUGUUUUAUUUAGAAAACUGUAGCCAUUGCUGCUAUAGGGACUUCCUGAUGUGGUUGAGUUUAUUUAAAAAGAGUUGGUCGUGCUGAAUC